AUGACCUCACAAAUUGGUGUUCAAAAGAUGGUUGAUAAUGCAACCCAAUCGUUACUUCAAAUUCCAGACCAAGUUGGUUUACUUGUUCUGAAUGAGUCUGGUGGAGUUAUAUCAUCCCAUGGUGAUUUAUCAAAUGAUGAACAAUGUGCAAAUGCUUUGAUGAACAUGGUAAACACAGCGUGGAAAGUACAGCUUGGGGACAAAGGAAAAAAACAAGGCAAUGUUGCCAGAUUAUCAGUGAUAUUUGAAGACUAUUUGUUUUCUGCUACGGUUUCAAAUGGAUAUAUUUAUAUUGUCAAAAGACAGAAUCGAGGACCUGUUACAGCGUAA